AACUUAGUGACGAAGAGUAUCUUUUCUGCGGCAAACGUUGUUGUUUCUCGUCAUGAGUACUUUACAUAUCUAUCCUCUUCUAUCUAUAAGUAAGUGUCUGCGUUAAACUCAAGAUCUUAACCCAACUUACAAAUACAUAAUCACUUAAACCUAUCAAAAGAAAUGAACAACGAUGAAGAGUUUCUUCGGCUAUGGUUGGAGAGAGUGAACUCGCUGGCUGAUCCCGAGGCCCAUAGUAACGUGCGUAGGAUCAACAACGAAGGAGGUGAAGAAAAUGCAAGGCAAAAGAGGCCAGCUGAGUCAAAGAGUGACGGAAAGAAGAGUCGAGUUAAGAGACAGUGCGCGACUAAAUCUCCUGAUGAAUUGUUGGCGAAAGAGAUGAAGCGAGAACUUAUAAGAACCAAACUUGAAGAACUUAAGGCAGUAACACCCAAUUGCCCACAGACGGAUGUCAACGCCAUGCUUGAUUGUACUAUCGAGUACGUGAGGCACUUGCAGCUUGCAAUUCUUUUUAUAGCAUUCCAUGAAUACGUACGAAACACUAAGAUGUGAGACUGGAGACCGUUGUCGCUGUUUUGAUACUCUUCAAGAGUUUCUAUUAUGUUGUUCUUAUUAUCUCAGAUGUUGUUCUUUAUGUGUUUGUUUGUUAGAAUAAAGUUGUACUAGAGUUUGAUCCGUGCUUUUAUCCCUACUAUUAAAAGAAAAAUAUUGUCUGAAAUAAACUUUAGUUUUGUAAAAAUUUACAAUACAAUGUCAUUGAAAAUAAGACAAAAUAAUUUAUUUGCGAUAAGGACAAAAGCGUAAUUAUAUUGAUUCUGUAAUCGGAUAAACACGCGGAUUCUUUUUACCCAUUAGUCUGACCCGGUUUUAACUUUUAAUCUCAACCGUUUAUUUUAUUUUUGAGAAUAAAUCUGAACCGUUCAAUUGACUGAGUGUACUAAACCUAAAUUUUAUUUUUCUUUCGCCUAUGCUCUCUCUCUCGCCGUCUCUCCCAAAUGGAGAGUUAAAGAAUUUUUUUUUCCUGUUUGUCGACAAAAUCGAAGAGAUGAUAAGAGGAAAAGAAGAAGGCAAAGAAUUUUAUUCAAGCAUCGUGUAUAUGCUAAGCUCGAUCUUGGGCUGAAGCUAUGGCACAAAGUAAUUGGGAAGCUUACAAGAUGAUUGACGUUUAUAUAUAUACGUAUGAUCGAUCAUUUGGUGAAGAAAAAAAUUCAAAAUACUGCAAAAUCGUUUAUGAUUGGAGGAAAGGUUUCACCUGAUCUGAGCUGUAUUAAUUGUUUAGGUACGAUGAAAUGAGGCAGAAGUUCAAUCGAAUACAUUGCUGGAGGUGUUAUCCAUAACUCAAUCAAAUUGGCCCAAUGGAUGCUUCAAACUCUUUAGGCAACCAGUUACAUGGGAUCCAUUGGAAAGAACAAAUAGGGAGAGGCAAUGAAGGAUGCUACCGUACCUGGUGUCAAUGUCCACUAUUUUGGAGAUGAGUCAAAACCUACUGUUCUUGGUGGAGAAAGGUCGCUCAUUGCAAAUCUUUUUACUGCAAGCUGCUACAAGGUUGAACACUUGCAUAUGCAUGAGUACUGGGCUUUAGUUGGGAAUGCUAAGUUCUACUACAUUGAUGGAUUCUUCGUCACAGUAUAUCACCAUAAUCCUUUCAGUUGAUAUGUGAACAUGCAGCUGCUAACAACAAGCUAAGAAGACAUGAUCCUUUAUGAGAACCAGACAUUUCAUAUUUUGUAAUGUCUUCUCUUUGAUCAGACUUCAACACAUUUCUCUACUGUUUCUCCCUAACAGUAGCAAGAAUCAAGGUUUACUGACAUCUGAAAUACCUAUCUACUCUCAGUUAGUACAUGAUUUUUUCUAUUAAGAAUUUUUUUUUUUUAAGAAUCUAAGUUAUUGGAUAAGUUGAGGUUUGUUUAGUUUUAGCAACCAGAUGGAAUCUUAUAGAAUUGUCAGUUUUGUAGAUAACAUCCAUGUUGUUUCUUCUUACGUUCUUUGUUUUUAAUUGUGUACAAAAUCAAUCUGUGUGACAUGUUUUUGUUGGGUAUAUUGUAAUGUUCUCUGUUGAACAAAACGACAAUGCACAUUUUUGGAUGAACUAAAUUUUUUGUUUUCAAACCAAUAAAAAAGAUUUGACAAUCUGCAACAAGUUUUGAUUCGAUUAAUUUGGUUUCUUUGUUACAAUUAUAUUUUCUAUAUUUAGUCUUUAGAAUUAUGGUAAGAAUAUAACGACUGCAAGUAUUGUAAAAUGAAAUCCAUGUUGUCGGCGAACCGCUGGUUCCCUGAGAUUCGAGUUUCCGGCAGCAAUCCAGCUUCAGCGAAAGCUGAAGGUGGCUCAAAUCGACCCCCUCCCUUCCCUCCCGACCCCCCAGACAUUUCCCCACUCAUCUCCUUCUCUGACUUCCCCCCUCUCACCCCCACUUCUCCCUCCUCUCUCUCGCCCCUAACCAAAACUGAUUAUGUCGACCCAGAGCGAGUAAUCCUAGCACUUCCUGCUCUUCACAAAUCAACUCCUGUGGUAGUAAACCCCCAGGCUCAAGCUAUCCUUAACUCAUACAACCUCUCCUUGGCCCCAAAACCUAGAUCUGCAAACACUGCUACAGUGUCACAAGGAAAAACUGUAGCCCAGACUGAUGGUCUCCUUACCAAAUCCCCACCAAAGGUUACCCGUCUCUUACUAAACCCUUUCCACCCCAAAACCUUGUCGCAAGAGACUCAAGAGGAACACGCCCAACUGAACCCUUCCCAUCCCGAACCUUUGGCGCAAGAGACUCAAAAGGUACAAGCCCAACAAUCUUCUCAGCCAUCUGUUAUUCCCCCUUUGACUUCCUGUAAUCAAGAGAAAACCCGUCCAACUAUAGCCUCAAGCUCAAGCUCGUUACCUCGUUGUCCUGGUGAUCCUUCAGGUGCCAUCUCUCCCGAGGGUCCUCUGUUACCCUCCCCACCAUCCUCUGCCCCAGUAACUGUUACUCAAACCCAGCAGUUGGAGAAGAGUCAUCAGUCAGUUCAACAACAAACCUCAAGCUCAAGACCUGAAACUUUGGCUCAGAAACUUAAGAAAAGUGCAGAUAGAACCCUAACCCGCUUGGCCCCUGUAGACUAUUCCCCAGAAGGGAAGCCUCGCAUUGUCAUUCCAGAUGCAGUCUUCCAAGAGGGAGCCGAGCUUCACAAAGAUUUCAUCAUCGGCACCUUCAAAGGAAGGCUCCCACCCUACAAACAAAUUCAUAGUGUGCUUAGCCACAUGUGGGGAAGAGGCCAAAGGCUAGAGAUUCACCUAAACCAUUCAAAAAACUCAAUGUUAGUCAGGCUGCCCAAUGAAUUCAUUCGAACUAAAGUUUUAGAGAAAAAACUGUGGUACAUUGGAGACAGCAUGUUUCUCGUGGCUCAGUGGAAUGCUUCUGGAGGUGAGAACAUGAAUUUGGAUGCCAUCCCCAUUUGGGCGCACCUAAAGGGCAUGCCUUUUGACUUAAUGCACCACAAAGGAAUAAGUCUUGUGGCUGGUCUAGUGGGUGAACCUAAAGAAAUGGAUGAGUUCACUAGGAACCUCGUCAGUCUUUCAGAAGCCCAUGUUAAGGUCGAGAGAAACUUAACUGAACCCCUCCCCUCUUCGGUGGAGAUUCAACGAGAAAGUGGAGAAAUAAUAACAAUCUCAGUCGAGUAUCCUUGGGUUCCCCCCACUUGUUCUCACUGCAAAGAUAUAGGUCACGUAAUUCGCUAUUGUCCCUCAGUUGCACCGUCCUGGGUCCAGAAACAAAAGACUAAUGAAAAACCUCUUCCCAAAGGACAUAAUGCGGAAACACCACCUUUUCAUGCUCCCACGAGUAGUUCUAUCCCUGACCCUGGAGCUUCCUCUGGUCUCUCUUCAGGUUGCUCCCCCCUUCCUCCUUCCCCACCCACCUCUCUUGUUUCAGAAACCCUUCCUCCUGCUGUUCAGUUUUCCGUACCUCAGGAGAAAACCACUACUAAUCACCCUAUCCGACCCCAAUCCAAAGCAAAAGCUAGGAAACCACCCACUACACAAAACAAGUCCACUCCCUUGCGAAACAUCUCCAUCCCAAUCUCCACUAACCCUUUUGACAUCCUAACUAAUCAACCACCGCCUUCCCAAAUUCCAAACCCAUCCUCAGAAACACCUCCAUCCCCAAAUGUCUUGCCUAACCCGCCUAACCCACCUACUUCCCCCCUCCCGCCUUCAGCCAUGCAAAUUGACCCACCUACCUCUUCUGACCCUAAUAGUCCUACUCUGGCGAAUCUCCCACAUAAGGGAGAGGAUCCAAAUCAACUAUAAUAUUCUCAUUUUCCUA